CCCGAGACAGAUCGCUGCGCGCGCGCCUCUCGUGAGUCAGUUAGGCGCAGACACACGGCUCUACGCCACGCGGGUGCGGUACCAAGAUGUCACGCGCAGCGUCGUUCGCGCAACGAUGGGCCCAGGACAACUUGACCAGACCCCCUUCAGAAGACGAGCUGACAGUCCUCAACCUGUUUCCCAUCACCUGCGAUGGAGACGAGGUUGAAGCCACCAGGAGAGCCCGGAGGUACUACAAGGCUAGAGGACCUGGAGGACUGACAGAACUGUGGCAUAAGAGAUACCCUGAUGACGAGGAUAUCUUGUCCAGUUGCCAGGAUGCUUACAUCGUCCCUCUUCGCGCCAGGAGUGUAGGAGGAAGGCGGAUGACCCUCGUCAGGCUUCCAGCUCCGAUGGCCAUGGACAGGCCACUGUCAGCGAAGGCGCUGCUCUCUAGGUGGCUUAUGAUUUUAGAUAUACGGUUACGUGAAGACCCAACUCCUGGUGAGGAGGUGGUCUUCAUAGACGUCAGCGAUCUCCAGCCAUCACAUGUCAAGAACCACUUCAGGGGCACAUAUUGGAAGGACUUCGUUUGGUGCAUGAAGACAGCAUACCCGCUCCGCUUUACGGAGAUCCAUGUCAUCAACACACAGCGCUUGAAGACCAUGUCUCUCCUGCUCUUACACAUCGGCCUCCAUCCCUGGAAGCGUAAGGUCCUGCACAUCCACUCCAAGGCUGAGGAGAUAAAUCAGGCCAUGGGGUUUGAUUACUUUCCACCGGAGAGCCUACCACAUGAGUAUGGGGGGAAGGCUGGAGCUAUGAAGGAUCUCAAUGACGAAUGGACAAAGAAGCUCCUCUCCAACUCAAAGUGGCUGGAAUCAGAAGAACGCAAAUUCUACGACACAGAACUGAAACCAGAACCAGACACUCGGUCUCGACACCGCAGCGCCGUGCGCCUGCGAGCAAGCAACGGUUCUUAUGACAUGAUCACACGCACGCACUCGUGUAGAUCUUUACAUAGGCAUGAUGACUUUGAUGAAGGAACGUACGGCGCGUACAGGACUUUAAAAGUGUCUUCAGACAGUGAUUUCUACGUAUAAGUGAGGAAGAACCAGAAAAUGGAUUUUGCCAAUGAUAUCGCGCACAUAUUUAGCAGAUCUUGGAACAGACAAACUGCUACGUAUAAGUGAGGAAGAUUAUAGACAUAUUUAUGCAGGUCUUGGAACAGAUGAGAAGAUGGAUAGUGUCUUAUAACAAACACAAUGGAGGAAAUUCUAGACCAGUAGAGAAAUGGAGUACGCCUUCCUAAAUGCAGAGCUUUGCAAUUAAUACUCAAUUGAGACAGAAAUAUUAACUGAAGUGCCUUCAAUUAAUGCACGAGCAAAAGCAUCUUGGUAACAAAGUGAGUGUUGUAAAAACGUACAGACGUAGGAGUGUUUGUUUAAAUUCUUUUUCGUUCAUCAAAGAAACUGCCUGGUAUAUUGAGAAAAGUUUUCUUUACAUUACAAGUGCACAGUUGGUUUAUCUUUUUCCAUCUUGCCAAUACCAUGACAAGAUAAAGAGUGCCCAUUUUUUAAGACUAUGAGAUUGUUUGAUAUAAUACAAUAACCUCUACUGUACCUAAUUUUGUAUUUGUUAGAAUCUCAUCCAAAUUGUACAAAUUAAAUUAUUCAUAGAAUUAAA